AUGGACGAUGUGAUAAGGACUCUUUGGGUACUAUUAGAAUUAUUGAAAAAAAUGUUUUUCUUAAAUUAUAGUUAUGCAUUACCAGACAAACCGAAAAACUGCAGCGAAAUGAGCCAAACGUGUGAACUUGAAUGCGACCAAUCUUUAAUCAGAUGACUGCGAAAAAGAAAAGUCGUAUAAACUUUUUAACGACCUGCACUGGCCCUGUGUUAUCAUACUUUCUCCCUCGGCAGCUUCACUCCUUAUUUCUUUACCAAACUUUAUUGAUUCCCGCGAUUAAUUUAUUGUUCGAAUUAUCGCCUUGUUUCGGUUCGGUAGGCGAUUUUUCAAGCCCAUGAGCGAAUUUCGUCUCUGAUAAGGACUCUUGGGUACUAUUAUCCUUUAAGCAGAUUGUUGUAAUUGGCGCGGUUUGAUAGCAUUUCGAAGGUUCAGGCUUCUUGGUGUUUGUGAUUUUUUCAAUUUUGAGAAGUGUGUCCUUUUUGAGAUGAUAGUGGGAUGUGGUAUGUUGGAUCCUUGUCAUAUUUUUAGAUUUCUUGGUCUUUUCGAAAUUUUUCCCACAAAACUCGUGCUUUUUUAUGAAAUGAUACUCUUUUCACCAUAACCGUCUGACUUGUCUGCACCCUCUUUCUCUCUCCGGCUCUCUACUUUUUAUUGAUUUCUGAAUAAAACGAGCAAAAAAAAUCCUUCAACCUAUCCAAUUUUUGUUCAGUUGGUCUGCUUAUGAUGAUUUUUCGUUGAUAAGUUUACUUUGGAAUUCAAAAAAAUAAUUUUUUUACUAUGAAAAACAUCUUUAUUGCAUUUUCUCUAGUCUCUAUGAACUUUCUCGGAUUUUUGUUCUGAAUAGUCGUGAUUUUCCCGACGAAUAAAAGCUAUUACUAGCUUUGGAGGAAAAUUUUGAACCAUUUUGAAAGCUCAGAAAAGAUUUUGGACAGAUAUUCGAGCCUAAACCAAAAAAAAAAAGGUUUCUACCGUAUCCCAGAUCUCGCUCAAGCUUCACUCACCUUGUUUGUCCCAAAUCAGUCUUACCAAAUGCCACGAAAUCAGCUGUAAAACGUUUUCUCGAGGCGGAAUGGCUGAUAAUGAAAGAACAAUUAGGGAGCGUCUGUUAAUGAGUUUGGUUAUCAGGCGCGUUUUGCGAGACCGGUAGCGAUCGAUCGGCGGUCCUCUGGAUGCUCCGUGGCCAUGCUCCGCGCCCUCCAUAACGUCAUCUUCGCUCUCCUUGUCUCCAACUUCCUCUCCGGCGCCGAAUUCUGCGGUUUGUUCCUCAUCAGUGUACUCAAUUUUCUGGUGUAAUGUUUAUGAAAUCACCAGAAAAUAUCAUUAAAAGUUUCUUGCACACGGAUGGCAGUUUUAAAAGAAAACCUUGCGGUUGAAAAAAAUACUUUGAACCUUUUUCAGUGUUCAAGAUUUCGGAGAUCCAUCAGUUUAACAAAUUUGAACAGUGAAUCGGUGAGAGAAAUGCUCUAGAAUUCUAGUGCCGUGUUCAAAGUAAUUUCCGCGAAAUGCAAAAUGGUCUCUGACCCUCCAAAAUUUAGUUAUCUUUCUCUUUCUCUGACAGCUAUUUUGAAUUUCGCGGAAUCACUUUGAACGCGGCAUAGAAAAAUUUCAACGGAAGAAAAAAACGAUAUGCCGAGCUUACGCGCCCCAUCGCUCUUCUCUGCAAUUUUUACAUAAAUUUCUCAUUUUUUGUUGCUUUUUUCGAAAAUUUCAUUGAAAUGGCGAUUUGAAUAACAGGGUUUGUGCUUUUAAGGUUGCUUGGUGGCUUUAAUUUUUUUGCUGAUAAUAUUUCUUAUUGCCCUUUUUUACCAUUAAAAUAAUGAGAAUGCAAAAAAUUUAGAAUCGAAGUUCACGGCGUUCUGCGUAGUGGAAGAAAAUGUUAAAUUUUUGAAAAUGUGGAGCGGCGUGGAAGGGUUGCUCCACCUAGAUUUACGGUAGACAGCUUGCGCGCGAACAUUUGAAUUUCUUGUUGCUCAAGUGCUUCACGUGAUUUUUCAUGUUUAUUUCAGCUGUAUCUUAUCUGUUUUGUACUGAUUUACGGUAAUUAUUUUUUAUUGCGACAGCAAAAUGCGAAGGAACUUUUUUUUUCAAUUUUCAAUAUUAACUGCUGUGUUUUGACCAAAUUUUCCCUUUAAAGCAAAAAAAAGCCUUUCAGCAACAUUUUCAGUGUCAAAUUAAAUUUUUUAUUCGAAUCAAUCAAUCUCUUCAUUUUCGCAACAUCAGAAUGGUAUGGCGAUGUUGCAGAGGAGAAUAAAUACCACUAGGUGGAUGAACUAAACUAAAUCUGUAAAGAAAACUUUUUUUGAAUUUUCAAUAAGUCGGGAAAGACACAUAGAACCACAAUAAGUCUUUUCGACACAAAAUUCCACGUUUUUCACUCAAAAAAAGGACUUUAACCAAUUUUGAGGAUGAAAGGUAUGAAAGUGUUCAGAAAAUAAGAAAAACUUUCACCCAAAUGUUUUUUGUCAACUAGAAAAGGAAUUGUGAAAGGAUCGCUUUUUUUCACGUCUAUAGUUUUGAAAAAACCCUAUUUUUCGAGGAAAAAAAUUAUUUUUGAAUUUAAUGAGUAUGCGAGUUAGCGUCGUUCUGUGUAUGCACAAAAGACGUCAAAUAUUACGGAAAUUGUGGGAGGGGCGUCGUCAAAAGAACGCCGUGAGUUGUGUAUUUUCACUGUUUACAACUCGAACCAAUUAUUUUUAUUUCUGACAGCGUUUAUUUCUUUAACGAUAAUUCCUUCGAAACUAUUAUUUUGUUAAUAGUUUUUUUGUUCAUCUUGCUGCAGUCGUUUCCUUUUUUUUUUGUUUAGCUAAACUUUCAUUCAAUUUGGCUGUUGAACUAUUUUUUUGAAAGUUUUUCAAUUAAAACGUUUAAUUUUUUUCAGCAUCCGACGGUAGCGAUGAACCGGACAUCACGGAUCCCGCAUUCAUGUGCACUCCGGAGAACUUUUCAGACCUCAAACCGCCGGUCAAACAGUACAAUUCUUCCGAUCAAUACGUAAGUUGUAUUUUCUUUUUCGUUUGUCUUUUUUACUGUAUUUUUUUUUUUCAAAAAACUGCUUUAUUGGUACUUCCGGUAGUUCGUUUAUGCUCAGUCGGGUUCUCUCAAAAUAAACUUGACCCUGCUUCGAUUUGAUAAAUUUGCGCAUUGAAUAACAAACAAAGCAGGCGUUGGCGUUGUUCUCACUUAAAAAAUCAAAUCAAAUAAUAGAUGAAACCCGAAAAAUAGAGAAUAACAGUUGUACAUGACUCCAAAAAUCUAGACUCGAAGAUGAGAUCACGAUUUUUUUAUUCUUUUGAAAAUAUAUAUUCCAGAAGAUCCACUACUGCAACAUAAUGUUCCUUCUGGACCUCGACCAACAGAUGACGUCAGAGCAGAACUACAGCCAAGUUCUGAUGUUCAUCAGCGACACGAUGGCCACCUGUAUGGAUAGGGGCGUCGGCUACAAAGUUUUCGCCUAUCCCAUGUUCAACGAUGUUGGUUUUUAUUCGAAAAGUUAAUCAAUCAAUGAUUUAUUUCGUUGUUUUAGUCAUAGAUGUGAUCGACUAGGCUAUUUUAAUUUUUACCUCUGUGAAAAAAAUUGUUAACCAAGAAAGGAUUCAAUAAGGUCAUCUUAAAAGUGAUUUAUUGAAAAUUCACAUCAAAAAUAACUCUUUUGAUCAACAAAAAUGGAUUUUUGCCCCAUUUUAUACAGGAAAAUGAAGCAUUUUUUCAAUUUCUAGACGGCCAAUCCCGACGCGAAAACGAUUUGCUGCGAGGAAAACGACUGUAUGGAACGGUUCGGGUUCAUGAGAUACGAGGACUACGUCGGGAACUACGACUCGACGGCUCCUUUGCAGCAGGAAACCGCGCGGGCCAACUUCUCCUUCACUCUCAUCAACGAUGUGCGAACAUUUUCCGACUUGCAUGAUAAUUUGACUUCUUAACAUUUUUGUAACGAUUCAAAACACUUACGAGGGAUUUCUUGAGCUCUUACCUGCAAACUGGUACUUCUAAAUGGAACUAUCAUCACUAGAUGUAGUUUUUUACGCUGAUUUCAAACCUUUCUUUAAAAUUUGUCACCGAGGUCUGUGAAAAAAGUCAAGGACUCUUAAAAGUCGAAAAUUAGUUGAAUUCUAGAUGAAACUUGGUUGGAGUGCACUUUGUAUACAAAUAAAAUAAAAGAACCAUCGAAAUAAUCAAUCAAAAUCAACAGCUAAUGAUAUCCAGAAACGGCUGGAGGAAAAGAUUGAGCGAUUUUGAAACUCUGUGUCCUGUUUCAGCUCAAAACAAUCGGACACAAGCCGGCCUCGUGUCUCUACAACAGUGUCGUUCUCAUAACAAACCGUCUUUUCAACGUCACGAACAGCAUCAUUUUCACGGUAUCUUUAUCCUAAGAAGGUCAUAGAUUCGAAAACAAUUGACUUCAGGAGCUGGAAUCGAUCUACACAAACGGUUGCAUCACACUGACUGUGAUAGCGGUUGGAAAUCCAGCGAUUGACAGCGAAAUGCUUUAUAAAGUCUAUGGCAACAUCACUCUGCUGACUUUCCCGGUUCCCGGCUUCAACUGUCUCGACAACCUCAAGGUAUGUUCCCAGGGAGAACUCUGUAAGAAUGAGAUUGUUAAUCAGUUGAAGCUUUAACUAUAAGGUCAGGAAAGUGUUGUUUUAAAAAUUAUUCAUUCGACACGAAAUCUGACUUGUCUCCGAACUCUUUUCCUUCAUCGCCAUAGCUAUAUCGUCUUCUCAUGGGAAAGUUUGAGAGCUUCUUCUUUCGGUUCCUCGGAAGGCACUUGGAAACUUUCCAACAAGUGGGCAAAUGCCUUCCCCAUACCUUCCUAACGCCUUUUUUCACCUUCCAGAAGCUUGCUGGAGGCCUUCUGACAGGAAUUUUUCGUUUCUUACCUUCCAAAGAUCUUCUAGCUACCGUCUGACCACCUUCCCAAAACCUUUUCAAGAACGUCUAGCUUCAAUUCACCUUCUGACCUUGAGCUCGUUACCUUCCCAACCCCUAGGCGAAUUCUGAGUAAAGGGGUCGUAUUGAGGAUGUAAGAAGGCUCUUUUUUGAUAUUCUAAUCAUCAGGUUGAAGGUUCAAUCAAGUUGAAAGCUAUUUAUCUUUUUAUACUCGAUAAUUUUCAAGCUAUAUUUUUUUUGCUCAUUCAAAUGUCGUUCAAAUGAAAAGAAAUUUUAUUCAUGAAAUGUCAAUUUUUCCCCCUUUGUGUUACUAUAUCUAGAAACCUUCAGAGCUUGAAUCUUUGAAGUUAGAGAACGCUAGAAAACAAGAGGGCAAUCAGAGAAAAAAAAACGCCCACCUUCCCAUUUUUGAACACUCUCUAUAGCCGAGUCACGGCUAGCUUGGAAGGUAAAAAGGCGUGGCCUAUCUGCGCUCUCCACCAACCGGGCACUAUCUUUUGUUAUCGUGUCAGCACCCAUUUUUCGUUGGCUCGAGCCCGAAUCAGCUGUAGUUCUCAAAGAUUGGAACCCCAAAAAUUCAAACAAAGACUUCCUAGUUUCCCUCAAAGUUUAUAAUAUCAUGCAUCUUUUUUCAGAACUUACUAUUUAUCUCUGAAUUACUCAUUUUUUAUUAGGACUGUAUCAAGCCGUGCGGGGUCAACGCCGGCAGCGAUUGUUACAAUAGAGAACUGACCGAUUGUCCAUUUCCCACCACGACGACUACACCUUCCACUACUACCUCUACUACAACUCCGCUGCCUACCGUAACCUUUUCAGAAAAUAAAAAUCAGUUCUGAAGCGGAUUUUUUCUAGGCCGACCCAGCUUUAGCCAACUAUUGGCAGGUCAUUUAUCUGUUCGCAAUUUCCAAUCGUACGACUCCUGCCGAGUUCAAUAACCUUAUCAAGUUCGUCAGCGACCCCUUGGUCCAAUGCCAGGUAAUAUGAUCGGUUUUAAUAAAUGGCCACUGAAGUAGGUACUUGGAGUUGAAGGAGAAGAAAAACUUGGAACAUUUUAAAUUUUGUAGCUUCGAGUAUUUUGAAUCAUUUUUUAUGAUUCUGAAGACUUGAUUCUUUCAAAAUGCAUGUGAAUUUGGAAAAAAGAGUCUUGAAUAAUACGUUCAAGUUGAAUUCAUGUGAUUGGAAAGAGCGUGGAAAAGCUUGCAACCAAAAAAAAAACUUUGAAGAACAGCUAUUCUUUUUUUUUCAAAAAAUCUUAGUUAAUCUGAUUCCUUAACAUUUUCAAUCAUUCUUCUUGAAAAUAUUUCUUCCUGGAUGGAUUUUCGAACUGCUUCACGUGGCACGAUUUCCAUUUUCCGCACGUUUCCGAACCCCUUGCACCCGCUUCAGUGACUCCUGCAUGCCGCUUCCCCCCGAACUGUAGAGAAACUUUUCAGAACCCGAGACCAUACAUAUCCGAUACAAUUCAGAACGAGCAAAUCGCCGUCAGAUUGCUGGCCCGCAACAAUUCCGAUUCCGGCUGGAUCACGGAUAUGACCGCAGUUGGGCCCUACAUGAGAAGCCUCGCCUACGACGAGAUCCUACUUGACGCCGGUCAAUUUUUUAAAAAUCAAAACUCAAGGGAGGAGUUCUCUAAAAUUUGAGCGGAUUUCUUCUAGAUGUACCAGAAGAACAUCCUGAAAGUCUUAACCUACACAAUUUCCUAUGUGUCGAGAAAUAGGGGCUUAAAACCCGGAAUGAGCUCAUUUUAGUGGAUUGGGGGAGAGUUCACUGCUCUUUCUCGAAAUAAAAGGAACUGGCAAGAUUGAGAUUUUUCAGGAUCUUUAUAUGAUACACCAAGGAGUUUACUCCCAAUUUUUAGGCUCUCGUAAAAAAAAUUUUUUGCUCAUUUUCGAACUUCUGGAGCGGUUGAAAAGUUAGCUUCUCAGUAAUUUAAAAUACCCUAUUCGAAGUCGGUUAUUACUGAAUAAUUUAAGAAUCCCCCCACCCCCCGCGUCCACAAAAAAAUUCACAAUUUUUCUCAAUUUUUGUUUUUUUCUCGAGAUACAGGGAGGUAAAUUUGCUUCAAACUCUGGAACUUUCUGUAGAUUGACCACAUCACUCCUUGAUGUACCAGAUGAAGAUCCUGACAGUAUCUAACUGCAAAAUAUUUUUUAAGAGGGUGGGGGUCAAAGGAAGCCAUCGAAAAGCCACAAGGAGUCAUUUUGAGACUUCUAUCUUGUCUUUCUUUUUGAAAACCGCGAGAUUUCGGCGUAAAUUUGCAAGAAGAAAUUAACUUACUUUCUUAAAAAAGUGAGAAUUUCGACGGAAAGCUUGAAGAGAAAGAGGAAAAUUCCAAAUUUAUAGAUAUUCUGUUCCGAUUUCCUAAUGAUUCAGAGGACUUCUUUGAAGAGAUGAGUACACAAUUCAUGACUUUUUAGCAAAUACGGUGGAUAUUUCGGACAAUGUGACGUUGGAAUUGGUUCUGAAGGCGUUGUCGAUCCCUUUGUCGUACAACGUCAGCGACCCGAAUCACAACAAAAAUGAGCCCCGGAUCACGCUUUUGACGGAUUUCGUCUCGCAGGUGUGGAAAAAUAAACUUGAAUUUUCGCCUGACAAGCCAAAAAGCUUACAAGUUUUAACUCAUUUUUUCAUUUGAUUAAAAGUUUCAAGGGUCAUACUGAAUAAAUGUUUAAAAAAACAUAUUCCAGAACCUGGUCAAUGCGUACAACGCCACACUGUGGAGGCUUGAACCCUACGAUUUUCAAAUAAUUGCUUUCAAUCAGGCAAGUUUCACUUUUUGGUAUAACCGUGUUUUUCGCCAUUAAUUUAUGCUUAGCUUUUCCCAUUUUUUUUUGGGCUUUGGUCAUUCUUUUCUGAGCUAUAGUCCGUUCAGAUUUUGAAAAUCAAGUACAAUGACGUCAUUCGAAAACGCUCUGUGGAUGGCUUGCUCUCUGAUUGGUUUAUCGCGCCAUUAGGGGGCGGAGCUUCAGCGAGGACUUGACCUUUGAAAUCUGAACAAACUAUAGUAUGAGUAAUUUUCAGGAAGCCGCCGACAUAUACCUGAAAAAUCUGCCCGGAAAAGCGAGGAAUAUUCACGCAGAUCCCGGUUAUCGAGACUCCAAUGAGAUCCCCAUGUGUCAUAAAGGUAAGGUAGUAUGAAUAAAAUUUCGUUUUGUUAGGACUUUAUCAACUAUUUGAAGGAAUUUGUAGAAUUCUGGGAAAUCGAGCAUGAAGAGAUUCAAAUAACUUGUGAAACAGUGUUGAGAAGUACCUCAAAUUUCUUCGCGAAAACAUUGAAAUUUGAUGAAAAUGAAGCGAAAAACGAAAAAUAACAUUAAAUUUUCCCAUUGCCAUGAAAAUAUUUUCGCUUCCAAUUAGAUUUUUUUAUUUUUUUCAAAGUUUUCAAAAGUUAAAACAAAAAAUUUUUUGUUUUUAUUAACCCAAUUCGAUAAAAUUCAAUUUUUUCAAUGGGAAGUUUUAUAUGAAGCAGAAAAUAUUGGAUAUCAGGCUAUUCGGGAUCUACUGAUGAAGGAAGUUUUUUAUUUCUUUUAAAUGAUCUUUUGAACGUAUUCUCUCCAGUUUUCUCGUCUGUUCAUUUCAAAUUCUUCAGCAAGGCCAAUAAAUCUUUGAAAAAAUAAGUUUCAAGGAAUACUCAAAUACCUUCCAAGACAUUUUUGAAUCGAUACGGGAGAAAUGACCUUAAAAACAUUUCUAAGCUUUCUGUUUCCAGUGAACAGUUCUUCGGUCACCACCAUCAUGUUGAUCAUCAUCGGAACGUGUACCGGAGCAAUGGCUCUUCUGAUUAUCGCGACGAUACUGUACCGGCAGAAGUACAUGUGGAUGGAGAAGCUGAACCGGUUCAAGAACAACCACGAGCUGGAGGAGAACUUGGAUGAUGUGUGAGUCGAUCCUGAAAGAGCUUGAGGAAAGUGUACUCCUUCCAUAGGCUAAUUGAGAAAGGGUACCGCGAGAAAAUACGUAAGCGGCGGACGUCAUGUCGCACCCUCCCCAACUGGCAGCGCACCAUACCCAAUUCGCAGCGUACGGUACCAAAAGCGUUAUCGGGAAGCAGUCGUCCGAAUUAUGCUUUUUUCGCUUUUACGAGACCCUCUGAGGUCCAUUGGUGGUACCUCGAGGAUACCUCUGAGGACUUUGAGCAAAAUGAGAGGGGCUUGAGGGAGACUCUCAGGUACCUCGGAGAAAGCUCAAGUAUAGCUGAAAGGUAUGCUGGAGGGCUCACGAUGGACUCAUCAUGGGCUCUUCACGAACCAUUUUGAUAGGUACCUUUGUGGACACAUUAUGGUACCCUCCCUCUCGAUUCGCCUGUGUCUCCAGGAACUAUGGAAGAAAUGACGUCUUUAAAAGCCUUUUUCCCACUUUUUAAUACUUUUCGGCUACGACUUGCAAAUGAUAUUAUGAGAAAAAUGAAGGGAAUACGUUUCAGUGAAAGCUUAAAAACUUUCAAAAAUAUGUUCUCUCGUUUGGCAUGGUUUUCAUUUGUGGAAAAAUAGUAGAAAUAAAGAAUCUCGGGAAAAACGUUUCGGUGUCUCUCUAAGUCCAUUUUUUCGCUCUUCGUAGAAAACAUCGUUCUUUUGAUUUUCUAAUGGAUGUUUUACAAUGGGGUGGUUUCAAAAUUGUGCAUUUUGGGAAUAAAAAAGUUGUAUGCCGAAACGGAAUUUCGCCCUGAAAGCCUUAUAAAGAUUCUUUGCUUAUUUGAGGACCUUAGUUCGGAUUUUUCAGCAAACUAGAAAUAUUCGAAACUGGUAAAAUUGAAACAACACUGAGCAUGUUUAGAUAAUUUUUGCAUUCUCAAUUUUAUAAAAGUUUUAAUUGAGUUUGUUUACGAAUAAAUAAAUCAAUUUUUGACUCUCUUAAAGUCCAAUUUUUGACUUUCGAGUCCAAUUUUUGAUUCUUUCAAGCCCAAUUUUUGACUCUUUCGAGUCCAAUUUUUGACUCUUUCGAGACCAUUUUUUGACUCUUUCCAGCCCAAUUUUUGACUUUUUCAAGUCCAAUUCUCCAUCUCACUGAUUCAGAAUCGACCAUUGGGAGCUUUCCUGGGAGAAACUCAUCGUAAAAAACGAACGACUGGGACAUGGAGCCUACGGACAAGUUUUCAAAGGUUCCAGAUUUUCAGGCGUUUCAGAAUGAAUCAAAUUAAUUCAGGCAAAAUCCGAGGCGUACCGCCGGCGAUCGAGAAAUAUUCGCGAUCGGAAAUUUCGCAAUUCACCGACUGCGAUUGCGCCGUCAAGAUGCUGCCGAAAUACGCGAGCGACAACGCGAAAGAGGAGUUUCGACACGAAAUCGAGCUGAUGAAGACGUUGGGCUACAACGAGCACAUCGUCAACAUGCUCGGCUGCAUCACGGCGUCGCCCAAGUCCUGUCUCGUCUUGGAGUACUGCAGCAACCGCGACCUGUUGCGCUACGUCAAGCAGAAGAAGAUCGAGCUCGAAAUUGUAAGUUUCCUGUUGAUCUCUUGUAUUCCUUGGGAACGCCAGAGGGGUCUCUAAAGGGGCUAGUCUCUUUAAGGGACGACAUAGUGCUCCCUAGAGGGUCAAAAUCGAGGUGGUCCCUAUAGGAGUUCAGGGUUUGAUCCAAUUUGGUUUAUGAUUUUUUUUUUUUGCCAAUCAGUAAUUAUUUCCAGUCAAAAAGCAUCGAUGACACGAUCGACGGCCACAAGGAAUUCUUGAAUUUCGCUUGGCAAAUCGCCCAAGGAAUGGUCAGUUUCCAAAAGUUUGAGUGGUCAAUAAAGGGGUUGUUCGAAAAAUCUUAUCUAGCUAUUUUACACAUGGAAGCAAUUUAUUGGGCGUUUUAAUCGGGUUCCUUUUUUUGUAAGGAAUUUUUUUUCGAAAUUUUCUUAAAUGACGACUUGAACUUUUCUGAUAAAUGAACUCAUUUUGCUCGAGACUUUUCUGAAAAUCGGCCUAGAAGAAAUGGAACGCGCAAAAACUGAAAAAAAGUCAUAAGAAAUGAAAAUAAAAAGAAAUGAAUUUUUUUUCAGAAUUAUAGGAAUUUUCAAAGUAGCGAACUUACAAUAUUCAUCUAAUAAAUCAAGUAUUUAGGCCCCUUUUCAAGUUUUCCUAUCGUUUCCUGUUUAAUCAGCUCUAUCACAAUGAACUUUCCUUAAUGAAAAUAUUCAUUCAAAAAUUUCAAGAGAUUCCUGGGAGAAAAAGGCAUAAUCCACCGGGAUCUGGCCGCCAGGAACGUCCUUAUCACCGGACUGCUCGGAAUGAAAAGCGCCAAGGUUCGAUCAAAAUCAAGACUUUCUCCUAAUUUCUGAAAUAUUUGGAGAUCAGCGAUUUCGGACUCGCGAUGUCGCGUGAUCCGGUCAGCAGUGGGAAUGUCUCUUGUUCUGGUCGGUUGCCGAUAAAAUGGCUCGCUCUGGAAAGCCUCGUUCAGGAAGAGUUUUCUGUUAAGAGCGAUGUGUGAGUUUUCUUACUUUUAUCCGAAAAAUGAACGAUAAUUUCAAUCAUUUUAUUAAUCGAAAUCUCCUUAAGUGACUACUUGAACGUUUCAGAUAAUUGGUAGAAAAAAGACGAUGAAAACGUGGUAAGAUUUUCCCAAAGGAAAAAAGAAGAAGAUAAUUUUUUGACCUUAACGUUUAAGUUCUUUCUUUUUUUGAAACUUUCCUCAAGGUUUUUUGAGAAUCUUGUUUUUCUAGGGUUAUCAAGGGCUGUAUGUUCAGUUAAAAAAAGGAAAUUUGAAGAAUGAUUUUUUUUUUGAGUUUUUUGUAUUUUAAUGAAACUUUAAACUUAUUUCGAGCUUUUUAGUGAAAGAAAUGUUGCAGUUGGUCCUUCGGAAUCGUCAUCUUCGAGAUGUAUUCCCUGGGAGAAGUUCCUUUCUCGGAUAUCGAACCAACGGAACUCAUCCUCCACCUUCAGAAUGGGCUCAGACCAAAAAGACCUCUUCUUGCGACGGACAAAGUGUUCGUACUUUAUAAAUUAUCCUUAUUUUCGUGUAAUCAUGUGUUCGCUUGUUCACUCAGUAGCGUCUUUACCCAAUUUUCUUCCCACAAAACCGUAAAAAUGGGCGUGGCUAGCCAAUCAGAGACGUAGCCUUUUAGAGCGAGUUGGAGAAAAUUGAAGAAUGGAAAAAGAAAAAGCACCACUUUAUUCCCCGCUUCUUGAAAAAUCUGACCUGUCUGCGCUCUCUCUUUCUCUCAGUAGCGGCCUUUUCUCUCCCAGAGGGUUUUUUUUUACCUGAUUCGCCAAAAAGGGCGUGGCUAGCCAAUCAGAGACGUAGCUCUUUGGAGCGACGGGUUGGAGUAAAUUGAAAAGUUAAAAUAGAACAAAAGAAAAAUCCCCACUUCAUUCCACGCUUCUUCAAAAAUUCUGACAUGUCUGUGCUCUCUCUUUUUCGCGGCGAGAGUGCAGACAGUCAGAUUCAGUUAGUUCAAGAAAAGGAAUAUUUGAUUUAAUUCAAAAUCUUACGAAGUUUCACUUCAGAGCAGAAGUGAUGAAUAGGUGCUGGCUGGAAGAUUCAUCCUCCAGGCCUUCUUUCGAAGAAUUAUCAACCAUUUUCGCGAAUCAACUUGAAUUGGUAUUUUUUCAAAAAUCGAACGGAAACAUUGAAUUUUUGUCUUCAGACGGCUGAAGGAUACGGUUACUUGGCACUGAUCAAAACUAACGAUUAUCGGGUUGUGGCAGAGCUUCAUGUUGAAACUGUGAGUUCAGGAACGGAAUUAAUAUUUCAUUUUCCCCGAAAAUGGGAAAAGUUGAUUGAAAAACCUUGUGAAACGUAGAGACCCUUCUUUUUUGAAUUUUUUAAGCUUUUGCGUAACCUUGAACACUAAAAAUUGUGCUAGUGACUCGAGUAUUGGGUUUUUUUCUGCACUGACUAAUGAGAAAAUUAGUUUUGAACGUAAUAUUAUCAGUGGAGCGCAUUUUCUUCAAAUAACAGCGAUUUUCUACAUUCAAAAGAGUUUCUUUUUUCCAGGGUCAUCAGUUUCGAAGGUGUCUGAAGAUCGAAUUAAUGUUUCAGAAAGAAACUUUCAAGAGUUAAAAAUAAAACUUCAAUUCAGCCUCCGCAAAUACAACAGCAAAAGAGCAACCUAACGAAUUCGACGGGAACCGAUGGACUUGAGGAUCACGUACGAAUUUGUAUCGACGAUAAUCCACCGUACGCUUCGAGGUGAACGGAAAACACAAUGAUGGAGGAGGGAUAUCAAUAUUUUUGUAGGAAACGAGCCGUGACUAUGAAGAGCAAUGCCAGUGUCCGAGAGUACGAGCCGGAUCCUGCAAAUAGCGCCAGUUCUAGUGGUAAUGGCUUUUUAGAUGUACUUGUACCGCCUGUGGCAAUUAUAGAGGGGGGACUGGACCGACGGACGAAUUUUUGAACAAAAUUUUGAAUAUCCAGGAUUUUAAUCAUAAAAUUUCGAAUUUCAUGCCGUUUUCAAUGUGAGAUAACCUAUAUAGAACAAAAAUCAAGAUAACUAAAUAACUGAAUUUUUAAAAAAACUCCGGGAUAAUUUUUGCAUUUCUCGAGAUUACUUUGAAGGGAUACAUCGCUCAAAGUUGUCAGUGAUAUGAAUAAAAAUAUAAUUUCUCAUUCGCAGACAUGUCAAUCCAAGCCGGCGACGACCAUAGCUCCUACGCGAGCCGCCGAUCAAGCCGAAGAUCGAGCAAGAAAGAAGUUCGACGACGGCGAACCCAGGCCGGCGGAAUCCUGCCCGCCCUGAACGCCUUCAACCCCUUCUCCAAAGAUGGUCAUCUCCAAACCCUCAAAAAGAAAUUCUCAACCAGGAGAGGCUCCGUUCCUUAUUAA